CAGCAGCCCCACGCCCAAAAGCAAGUUUUUUCUCACUACUUAGUAUGUUUUGGUGCUGAUGGUGAUGGACCAGAGGAGACAACUACGAUCGUGUUCUUUAGAAAGAUCCAGAAAUCGCAGAUUUUUUCUGGAUGUGCAAGAUUAAGGCAUGAUCUAGUAGUUGCGAGCACUUGAUAGAAAGUAUAUCCGCUGAUGCUGUUGAGUUGCUGUUGUGAGAAGCGCAAAUGAUGCGCAUGCGCUUAUUUACUUUAUUUUUUUUCGAAGCUCCAACUUCUAGUCCUAGUAAGUUCGACUGAGCAACUGGAGCUACAACUUUCAGUAGGCAGCCAGAGCCGUUUCCGUUCGCUGCAGCAUGUUGACGGACACGGACGAGAUGUAACUUCAUACAAAAAGCUGUCCGAUGUGCUUUCGAAAUCAACAAACAGGGCGACAUCAGACCCUUUCCUCUUACAAUACUUCACUGGCAAAGUUUUUUUGAUUUCUGAUUCAUCUACAACAACUACAAGAUAUAAUUGCGCGGUACCAGGCACUUAGACAAGGACAAUGUAUGGUGACGAGGACCUUUGAAUAAACGGCAACGCUAAAAAAUAACAAGAUGUCUCCUUCAUACACCUCUUUUUACCAAUAAACAGAAGUUUGAUUUCUUUUCAUUUAACUCGAUUUCUCGAAACUAAUCAGAAUGCCUAUAUCCACCGUCACCAUAUAAUGAUUUGUGAGUGUAUCACGACAUCUACAUCUAGAUCUCCCUAAUCAAACAAGCCAACUAACAAGAAAAAAUGGGCAAGGACGAAGAGGUGAUCAAGGACCUGGAGCAUCGGCAGCAACUGGGCGGCAGCUCGUCCGUAGAGCACCAGGCAAAGUUUCUAAAAACUUUCCUGAGACCCGCGGAUGCGGAAGAAGAUGAUGCUUGGGAUGAGUCAUUCAUUGCGAGUGUCACGGAGGAAGGUCGCGAGUCCGUACGGGACCACCUGCAGCACCAGAUCGUGAAGGUAUGAAUAGGAGUACGAGUAAGCUGCACUUUCGCUUUUUGUUUUUGGCAAGAACUUUCGAAGAUUUAGUACUUAGGAUUAUAAUUCUUCGCGAAUGAGUGAUACGUGACGAAAAGAGACAUAGAGAAACUACUUGCAGUUUUGUCUGGACGAGGAUCUCGAAGCAUACAAUUCAUGAUGUUGGAAAAGGAUGAACAACAAACAUAUAGGUCCUCACAGACGACGAGUCUUACCACCCCAACGCUGAGGAGGUGAACCAGGUCCGAGACAGCCUGCAGAAGAUGCGGGAGUCGAAGAGGGCCGUGGAGAGCCUGAUCGAGCAGCACUUUCGCUUACUGCAUUCCUGGUUCAUUGACGGCAAGCUUUUGAAAGAAACCAUGAUUGGGAAGGAGGUCAACGACAAAUUUUGGACGGGAAACACCGCGCCCGGGAAGAUCCAGAAGAUGGCCAAGUCGCUGGUGCAGCGUUGGCUCCGGGAGCACCGGGCUAUGCCCAUCCACGAAAUUAACGAGCGCAGGAUUACGCACUGCGCGCACGACCUGGAGCAGAACAUUUACAACUGCGUGCACGGCGCGGCGGAGAAGCGGUUCGGCGGUUCCUCCCGGAUGAACUCGCAUGCAAGCAAGUACUCGACGGAUCUGGUUGCCAAGUACCGGGAGCUCACGCUGCGUGUGCGCAAGUACUUCACCAUUCCGCGCCGGAUCGGAAAGAAACGGCUGCGCGAGAUUUUCGACGGCGACAAGACAGAGCGGGAAUUUGUGAAGGACAUCGCGGAUUUGCCGGACAGCUUUUUCAACGCGAAACACGAAUUCGUCGGACCCGGAAAGGUGGCCAAGCCGCUGGAAUACACAACAGGCGGGGGCAGCGGCAUGAUGCUCACGAACGGCGACAAGCCGAGGCUCGCGCUCGCCAAUAACAGUACAACUUCCAGCACCGCGACGGCGACCAAAACAAAAACCGUGCUUGGACCAGGCACAGGCGGCCCUUCGUCGUCGACGAGUGCUGCGAACAAGACAAAAGCCAAGCCCCCCACACGAGCUGCAAUCGAACACGCAAGGACUACUUUCAAAUCGAAUACGCUAGGCGAUGCCAUUAACCGAGCAGCGACCACCGAGAACACCAUGCAGGCCGGUGGCAGCAGUAGUAGUUCGUCUUCAAAAACGAAAGCUUUGCUUGGUGAAGGAGCCAAGGCUCCUUCGGGGGCAACAACUAGUGGCAGAGACUUCUUUAAUAGGCCCGGCGCACCCGCAGCGACAUCGUCGUCCUCUCGUGGUGCCGGUGGUUUUUCGUCCAUUCAAAGUGCCCAACUUGCACAAGGACCAAAAGGAAAGCUGCCGCAGCCACCAGCAGAAGACUCGAUGUCCGAAAAGCAAAGAAAACGGGAAGAGCGCAAUGCUCUGGCAAUCAUUUUCGGCGAAGACGUAGAGGAGGAAGACGAUGAUGAAGGAGAGCCACCAACCAAGCGGUUGCGUGCAAAGACGGAAGAGGACAUCGGCCUCAGUGGCGGACCGGGACCGCCCUCUAGUGCCAUUUCCGAUGCGGCUGUGGACGAUUUAUUCGCUGCUCUUGACGGAUAAAGCUCGAAUCUGAAAAAUGUUUCAAGGUCGUCGAAUAUGAUCAGCGACAAUCGGAGGUACUAUUAGAGGGCCCUAGGAGUCGUGGAAACAAAAUCUGGACCCUUAUCUUUCGCGGUACUUUUUCCCAGAUUGCACCAUUGAAACGCGCCUUAUGAUUGAGCACAUCACAGAAAGACGCACUUAUUGUUAGUUUGGUUCUAAAAAAUCUAACGACAAUUAUCUCUUAGCUAGUCGAGAUGAAGUUUCGAUAAACUAUUGAACUUUUUUUGUCUUCGUUUCUCGCGCGCGGGCUUGAUGUUGCGCUUUUGCGGGCAUUUGCACAGGACAAGCAGCUCGCCGGUUACUUCCAUUUUCGCUCGUGCCAGCGUAUUGCUGGCACGAUGUUACCUCAACACAAAACUUCGCAUCAUCGACCACGAUCUCGAUCUGAAAGAUGAUAUCAUCUUUACCAGCACUGCACCACCGGGACGAACGCGAAU